UCUUCUCCUUCUUCAAAAUCUCUCUCCCUCAAAAGAAAGAAACUUUUCAAUCUCGCCAUGGAUCCUGGAGAUCCCACUUCAAUACUCUUCACAAAGAUCAGAAUUUUAGAACCAGAUUUCGCCUCCAAGAUCAUUGGCUACUUGCUCUUACAGGACUUGGGUAAUAGAGACUUGAUGCGUCUCGCUCUUGGACCCGACACUCUCUUACACUCCGUCUGUCUCAAGGCUAAAUCCGCUUUGGGUCUCUCAAACGGAUCUUCUUCUUCUUCUUCUAUCUCCAGACCCAUUAACAUCCACCGUCAUUCCCCCAGGACGAAUGGGUUUAUGGAGUUCUCGAGGAGCCCUCUGUCUCCUUCAGUGAACACCAACGUGGGUUCGAGCCAGUUUCAAGAAAGUUCGUCUCUUUUCGCUUCAGAUGGUGGAAACGGCGACGUACUCGAUGAGCAGCAACUCGGUGACUACUUGUCCUUUCUCAACAACAACGACGAAUCUGCGGAUCUGUUCGACAAUGGCGAUGCCCAUUUGCACAAGAGGAGUUUCUCAGCGAGUGAUGUUUGUGAGACCGGGUUUGGCGGCGGCGGCGGCGGUUACAGUCGGUUCGCUCACGGUGGUGGUUUAGGGGAUGAUUUUGAUUCUCUUCCUGGUGGGUUUGGCUCGCCGGAUUACGUUAGCAGACAGCAAGAGGAGAUAGCGAGGAUGAAACUGGCUCAGCGGCAGAGAAUGGCCGCUGCUCAGUUCUUGGCGGCUAGUGGCGGCUCUCCAAUGUCGUAUGAUAGUAAAGACAUUAACUUUCUCUUGCAUUCGCGUAACGGGUACAGAUCAGGACAGUUUGGGGAUGAGGGUUACUGGUUCGGUAGUCCAGGGAGACAUGAAAGGGAUGAGUUUAUGGGGAUGGGAGAUAAGUCCAACUCUGCUUCUAAACAGAUUUACUUGACGUUUCCAGCUGAUAGCUCCUUCACAGAUGAAGAUGUCUCCAACUACUUUGGGAAUUUUGGAGGAGUGCAAGAUGUUAGGAUUCCAUACCAGCAGAAACGAAUGUUUGGGUUUGUCACUUUUGUCCACUCUGAAACUGUGAGAACCAUAUUGGCUAGAGGAAACCCUCAUUUCAUCUGCGACUCACGUGUGCUCGUCAAACCCUACAAGGAGAAAGGAAGAAUCCUUGAAAAUAGGAGGCAGCAGCAACAACUGCUGCAGCAGAUGGAGAGAGGGAACUUUUCUCCUGGUUCAAGUCCAUCUGGAUUGGAUCUCUUUGAUUGCCACCUCGCACCGAGGAUGUUCUCUAACACACAGGAGAUGAUGAUGAGGAGAAAAGCUGAGGAGGCUGAGCUGCAACAAGCAUUUGAAUUCCAAAGGAGAAGAUUGCUUAAUCUGCAUUUGCCCGACAUGGAUAGCGAGUUGUUUCACCAUCACCAGCGCAGUCUCUCUAUUGGCUCUCCUGUUCAUUUCCCCUCUCGCAGUGCUAAUCAAAGCAUGCUCUUUCGAUCUGAAAACGCUGGUGAAGAAGUCAUACAAGGUAAUGGUGAUUCAGGGCGUUUUCAGUCUGAAGCAAACCAUGCUUUUCUGACUGAUACUGAUAAUAACAACAGCCAAGAAGGUGGUUACGAUGACCAUCUCAACAACGGGAACGAGACAAGUCUGGAGAACGCUCUCCCUGAUUGCUUCUUUGCUUCCCCAUCAAAGACCGCUGAGACUCAACAGCCCGAGUCUGAGAAAGAGAACUGUGCUACCUCAACGAUUCAAACAGCCUAGCUAUUGAAAAGUAGAGAGACUGAUAAAAGCAGGAAGUAGAAGAAUUUUGUAUAUGUAGAAGAAAGCUAAAGCCGGUUUUAUAACAAAUGGAACAGAAAGAAAGAUAGGAUUUUUUACAUGUCUCAGAAAAAAGGUGGUUGUUGCAAUAGGAUUACAACUUAGUACUAACCUCAGAUAGAGUGCAUCGAUAGGAAGAAGAACGAUACUGCGACUCUAACCUUAAAAAAAAAUUUAAGCUUUUGUCUUUUCAUUGAUGAAUGUUUAAACACCUUUUACCGGA